AUGUCGUGGAACCUCAAGGGACGGGCCGCGAUUGCUGCCCUCGAUCCGCCCACUCGCCAUCGCGUUCUGCACUCGCAGACCAUGACGCGGUGCGCCAACAAGCCGUUGCUGUGGGUACUGGAGGAACUGACCACUCUCCGCUCCCUCGGCGGCCUCACUGGUCCCCUGCACAGGGCAAACUACUUUAUCUGCCUUGUUGUCCGCCUCCUGCAAAUUUGCCCCUCGGUCGCCAUCGCGCGGGUCAUGCUGGAGCAGGAUGUGCACAAGUACCUGCGCGCCGCGGCGCUUCUGCUUAUCCGUUUUAUCGGAAACAUGGAGCUGCAGCGGGAGGCAAUGCAUGUGGGGUGGUCAGACUACCGCAAGCUGUGCCUCUACGGAUCUGACCCAGCACAAGAGUGGAAAGAGUCGACGUCAGCCACUGUUGCCGGAGCGGGGGGAAUGGCGACAGACACAUUCAGGACGCUUGCCUCCUCUAUGCUACCGCUGGACCAUUACAAGCGGCCACGCGCGGAGAUGGAGAUGUGCAGCGGUAACAGCAAUCUCUCUGGUGACGCACAGAGCAGUGAAUUCGACAGAGCGAACGCACAUGCGCCAGAGCCACCACGGUACUUGCUGAUCCGCAUGGAUGAGUUCACCGACUAUGUCUUUGGUGUACCUCCUGCCUCCACAGCGUCACAGAGCAAAGGAGCAGAGGAGCUCUUGAAGACACCUGCCUCACCACCCAUACCAUCUACGCCAGGCGCAUCAUCUCGUACACUUCCGGGACACACGUUCAUGGGACUUUAUUUCCCCGCUCUAAUCGUGUAA